UAAUAUUAUUUCAGUUUUCAGACACUACUAUACAAUAAUCAUUAGGAUAAUACACAGACAGUGGGAGAGCGUGUGUGUGCUGCUGUUGAUACAAUACUAGACGACAUCAUAACGAGACUUUCCCUAUGGAGGCCUCGGCGAAUUCCUUCAACUCCCGGAGGUGUUUCUUCUGCAAUGAGGUGGAGGAGGUCUGGGGCCCAAUCCAGGGAUCAUGUUCCAGGGAGGACCCAUCUCUCUCCCCCAAACAGGAGUGGCUGCCCGCUGUCAGGGGUAAAGGAAUGGAGAUACUGGGGACCUUUGUCCGUCGCGGAGGUCAGAUCUACGCCGAUAUGACCUUCAACAACAAGGCCAUGCAAAUGAUGGCAGACUUUGCAAUCCAGUUCAACAAGAACAGGUACACAAUUCAGUGUGUGAGACUUGUGCGUAAUGGGGGAUCGUUUCUUCCUCUUUCGUCUCUCCCUCUCUCCCUCUCUCCUUCCCCUUCUUCUCCCAGCUUUGGCCUGGCUCCUGGUCCUCUAGCUGUCAACUCACCGCUGAUGCCCAACUGCACUGCCUCCACUCUGCUCCCCAUCACCCCUGGAGGUCUGGUCAUGAAGAUGUCUCCCCUCACUCAGCUGCAGGUGGCCAUCAAGAACAACGUGGAUGUCUUCUAUUUCAGUGUCAACAUGCCCACACACGUGCUGUUUAGUGAAGACGGAACCAUGGACCGUAAGGUGUUCCUGGCGACGUGGAAGGAGAUACCUCAGAGCAAUGAAGUACAGGCAUCUGUUGACAAUGUCUCUCUUACACCAGACCAGGUCCAGCAGAAGUUGGAGACCAACAAUGUGUUCCUGAUCGCCAGGCGACAGGUUGAUGUGGGCGGACUCAACCAGGAGCUGAUGUAGAUGUCUCUCAAGUUUAUCAACAAUAUCUGGGUACUCGUUGAGGUCAAGGCUGCCCCUGGGUCCACCACUGUGGGGCUUGCCCUCAAGACAUCAGCCAUGGAUGUAAUUCCUGGAGUGUUGGAGGCUUGCAAGUCUAUUCUCCAUGCCUAGAAGACACAUUAUUGAAAACUGUUGUAGAUUACCAAUGUAAAUUGUAGGGUGUGCAGCUCACUUGUGGCAGUGGCGUAUGGCGGGU